GGUAAUUUUUCUUUUAUUUUUUUUAAUUAUAUUUAUUUCGACAAGCGAAUCGCAAUAUUUACGGUUACAGCAUUGGAAGGCUGCUGCAUCAGACGCUCCUCCGACCGCAGUCCAAACAUUUUCCGGGAAAAUAUUACCAAACAGCAUGGAGUCAUGCCCUUCUGUUAAAAAUAUCUUGCUCUUAGAUUCUGAAGGGAAGCGUGUAGCUGUCAAGUAUUAUUCAGAUGACUGGCCAACAAAUAGUGCAAAGGAAGCUUUUGAGAAAGCCGUAUUUACCAAGACCCAAAAAACAAAUGCGCGGACAGAAGCGGAGAUAGCAAUGUUUGAGAACAGUAUUGUUGUUUACAAGUUUGUUCAAGACCUUCAUUUCUUUGUUACGGGCGGGGAAGAUGAAAAUGAGCUUAUCUUGGCCACUGUUCUUCAGGGAUUUUUUGAUGCAGUUGGCCUUCUCCUUAGAGGCAAUGUCGACAAGAAGGAGGCACUUGAGAACUUAGAUCUCAUUCUAUUAUGCCUUGAUGAAAUUGUUGAUGGCGGUAUUAUCCUUGAGACGGAUUCAAAUGUUAUAGCAGGAAAGGUUGCAAGCCAUAGUAUUGAUGCAGGGGCUCCGUUGUCUGAGCAGACAAUAAGUCAGGCAUUGGCCACUGCACGUGAACAUCUAACAAGAUCCCUUCUUAAAUGAUGGAUUAGCCAGAUGAAAGGAGAGAAGGAAAGAGAAAGCAGAAUAUUUUUUUUUGUAUUUCUAGUAAUAUAUACUUCAUGAGCAUCAAAUUUUCUUUAAUGUUGCAUUAGUUUGGUUGAUGAUUGCUGUUAUUGGCAAUGUUGAAGUUCAAAUUUAUGUCAAAGCCUUGGGUGCUUUUGUUCAAUUUGCUUCUUAUCUUGUAAACUUAUUUACUUCGGAUACAAAAACAGAUGCUCAUGUUAGAGAGGUUAAAGAUUCCGAAUUUGUUGUGAAGUAUACUAUACGAACAAUUUGCAUUUUCUACCUAGAUAGAAUAUAAGUGUGGGGUGUCCGUGGUGUGGUAUAUUUA